AUGCAACGCUCUGACGAUGGCGUCGCUGGUGUAAACUCUGAUUCUUUCGGAGCUUCGCCUAUAAAGGAUGUCUCCAGCGCUGCCCUGACGGGUCCCCUUGUCUGGUCCGGUCAGGACUUCCAAGGUGACCAAGCCUAUACUCUUCGUCUGAGCCAUGAGGAAGCUAGUGAGGUCGACAGCGCCCUUGCUAGUUUCAAAGCUCUUAGUCUCGAUGGCGACGAAGUCUCAGCAGACAACUUUCCUCUCCCCAACCUCUCUCGGCGUCUGCGUGCCAGCGCUGAGACUGUCCAUCUUGGCAGAGGCUUCGUUAUUAUCCGCGGUAUCGACGGAUCGAAGUAUACUGUUGAGGAUAGUGUUACUAUCUUCUUGGGUGUGGCUAGCUACAUUGCCGGCAAGCGUGGUCUUCAGGACCGAAAGGGGAAUAUGCUCUCUCACGUAACCGACUCCAAGAGUUGGACUGCUCCCACUAAUGCACGUCAUGGUAUUCAUACUAAUGGAUCUCUGCCUUUCCACACUGACAUGGGAUGUGACGUUCUGUCCCUUCAAGUUCGAGACAGUGCCAACAAGGGAGGAUAUACCUAUCUUAGCUCCGCUUGGACUGUUUUCAACGACUUGCUCAACAGAGAGCCGGAGGUGAUCAAGACUCUUUUGGCCCCCAACUGGCCAGUUCAACUCUCCGGCCGCAAAGCCUCUUUUUAUCUUGCGCCUGUCUUGUCCUUCCAUGAUGGCAAGCUCCUCAUCAGCCUCGACCCGCACCGACUCGGCCCGCACCCAACAAUGACGAACAAGAACAUUCCCGCUCUCUCAGAAGCCCAAAUCUAUGCUCUUCAGGCUGUAUCAGAUGCUGCUUCUCGAGUCGAGCUGCAGUUGAAGCUUGAGACAGGCGAUGUCCUGUUCUUCAACAACCUCGCCCUCGUCCAUCGUCGAGACGCCUAUACAGACGAUGAUAACUCAUUGCGACACAUGGUCAGGCUUUGGCUUCGUAGCCAGAAGUAUGGCUGGGCAAUCCCCGACGGUAUGCUUCCUCCUUGGGAGGCUGCCUACGGAGAGAACCGCAAGAUCAAGACCCGACACUACCCCAUCGUUCCUAUGCCAGAGUACCCUGUACAAAAGUACACCACGAGCUCUGCUUGCUUUAUGAUGGAGGACUCUGAGACAUCUGACGAGGAAGAGUAA